AUGGCUGCUGCAAGAUCCGUGUCUGAGCUGAAGCUGAUUCUUCUGGGGGAAAGUCCACGUCUGAAGGCCUCAGUGGGAAACUUCCUUUUGGGAAAAACAGAGUUCAGUCAACAUAAUAAAUGUGUAGAAGGCAGAGGAAGAUUUAAUGACAAUCCGGUGACUGUGAUCUACACUCAAGACCAGCUGCUCUCCACUGUCUCACAAGGACUCAAUCGGUUAAUACAAGACAUUAAAGAUCUGAGUGGCCUUGGUCCUCAUGUGUUCCUGCUGUUUGUACAGCCUGAAGCCUUCACUGAUAAACACAAACACAGACUAGAGUCAGUCCUGGAGAACCUUGGUGAGCAGGACUUCCAGCAUUCACUGGUGCUGAUGUCCAGUACACAAGCAGUGACACCAGACUCCAUGGAGAAAUACAUGAGGGAGCCACAUAUAAAAGACUUGAUCACCAAAUGUAAGAACAGAUAUAUGUGGAUGGAUAACAUGUAUCUAACUGAUCUGAAUCUGAAAGUUGAAGAGCUGUUUUCAAAAAUCAGUAACAUGCUGAAAGAGAGCAAUGUAGGUCAUUUGAACCCUCACCCCUCUAAAGACCAAGGCACAGGUCAGACUGUGGUGAUGCAUAGAGAUGUGGAGCCACACCUGCCACAGGAGUGUCUGAGGAUUGUGCUCUUUGGGAAAACUGGCAAUGGAAAAAGUGCCACUGCCAACACAAUUUUGGGCCGAGAGUGUUUCAAAUCUUACGCCCACCCUCAAUCUGUCACCAGAAUCUGCAUGAAAGAUGAGGGUGAUGUUGAUGGACAGAGGGUCGCUGUUGUUGACACUCCUGGUUUAUUUGAUACAUCUUUGUCCAAUGAGGAGCUGCAAGAGGAGCUUGUAAAAUGCGUCACAUUGCUGGCUCCUGGACCACAUGUCUUCUUACUGGUGCUACAGAUCGGUCGAUUCACAAAAGAAGAGAGUGACUCAGUGGAUCUGAUCAAAACGUACUUUGGCAAAAAAUCAAGUCCCUUUAUCAUCAUUCUCUUCACUAAAGGAGAUGCCCUCGAGGAAAUGUCCAUUGAAAAUUACAUUGAGGGAGAUCAAAGAUUAAAGGAAAUUAUUCAAGAGUGCGGAGGGAGGUUCCAGGUCUUUAACAAUAAAGAGAAAAACAAUAGGUCACAGGUUCGGCAACUCAUGAAAAAAGCCAACAAAAUGGUGUUGGAAAAUGGAGGGAGCUACUACACAACAGAGAUGUUCCAAGAGGCAGAGCAGGCCAUAAAGAAGGAGAUGGAGAGACUCCUGCGAGGGAAGGAGAAGGAGAUAAAGAAGGAGGAGGAGGAGCUUCAGUAUAAACACAAACAAAAAAUCAAAGCAAUGGAAAAAGAACUGGGGAAGGUGAAAGACCUGAAGAAGAGCAAAGACAUCAAGGAACAAAGGAUGAGAAAUUUUGAGCAAAAACAACGAGAGGAGAGAGAAAGAGAGAGAAAGGCACAAGAGGAGAACCCAAGACAACAGUUGAAGCAAAGACUUGAGAGGUUUGAAGUAAAAAGCAACUUUAAGUCACAAUCAAAACUAAAAAGCCAGGAAUCAUUGAGAAAACCGCAGAAUGCCCAAGGGAGAGCCAAGGAAGACUGGUGGUUGAACCGAGUCUAUGAGAAUACGAGAAGUACUGAACAGGAGAGAACCCAAACGAUACAGCCUCCUAAGGAAACCAGAAUCAGCAGGAAGAACGAAGAAGAUCAAAUCCCCCAAAAGCUGGAGGAGAAACAGAUGCAGGAGCUAUUCAAAUGUUAUCAAGAAGAGUUGGCAAAGAUGAAGCUUAAAUAUGAACAAGAGGCCCGAAAAGAGGCAGAAAGAUUCAAUGAGUUUAAGGAAAAGUACACUCGAGAUUUUGAUGCUUUAUUGGAGAGGCAUAAUGAGGAAAUAUCAACUCUAAAGCGACGCCAUGAGAGAGAAAACAUGAACAUCAACAUGGAACACCGACACCGGUACGUUUCUAUAGAUGAUCUCACAAGACCAAAAUGGGACAACGAGGAUAAGCAGACACAAGCUGAAAUGAAUGAAGUGGCAAGAAAUCGACACAAAGGGGAAAUUAAUGAAUUGAAGAAAAAACACAAAAAUAAUUGUUCGAUUUGCUAA